AUGACUUGCAUUCAUUUUCUAAUCAUCGUCUUCGUGGCUGCAUGUUAUGCCUCUGCAAUUUCGCCGAAUAGCCAAGCUGGCUCUAACUCAUUCUCGAGCAUUGUAGUAUUCGGAGACUCGAUGAGCGACAAUGGGAACGGCUCGGCUCGGGUAUCGAGAGGUACUUGGCCUUCCAAAAGAUAUUACAACGGACGCUUCUCCAAUGGCAUCGUUUGGCCCGAGUAUGUGGCCGGCAACCUGUCCAUACCGCUAUAUGACUACGCGGUAGGCGGUGCUACUACGUCCAAUUCGCUCGUCCAGGGAUAUACAGGGCCGAAAAGCACAAUCGCAGUGCCGUCAGUUCUAGAUCAGAUCGUAAUGUUCCUGAGCAAGACAACGCCUCAAGGAGCAAAUUUCUCGACGUCCGACUCCAAAGCGUUGGCGACGCCUCUUUUCGUACUGUUCGCUGGCGCCAACGACAUCCUAUUUAAUGCGAGCAUUAGUGCUUCACAGUCGUUUCAGUUCUUAGAGAGGGCUGAGUUGGAGUUGCGUGAUGCGUACCCUAACGCUGGAGUGCUCACAAUCUCCCCGCCAGACCUGGCCAGGUUACCAUAUGGCUUCUUCAUCGAUAAUCUCUCGAAACGACAGCUGACGACCUACACCAACUUUUUAGGAGACUUGUUAGCAGGUCCAGGUAGAAUGGCUGCCAAUGUUGACCUUCGACCGCUCUUCGACGAGUUUGAGUAUUAUGCCACCCCUGUGAAGUACGGUUUCGCGCCAUUGGGCAAGUAUGGAAGCUGUUUAGUUGGGGUAUAUGGGGAAACCUCCAACGUGACUGUUUGCAGGGAUGCUGAGAGGCAGGUAUAUUGGGAUGAAUAUCACCCGACCACGCUCACGCACUCGUGGAUCGCCAAACGUGUUCUGGACGUACUGAGUGGGCCGUUUUGA